AUGGAAGAUAGGUUAAAAUCUUAUGAGGAUAUGCACGACCGUUUCACCUCAACUAUCAUGCGAUACUUGGGCACCUUGUCUACACAGAUGAUGAAUGUCCAGAUGGACAUUGCUCUGAUACUUCCAAACCAGACUGCUUUUGUGCGUGAUAGACUCUUGCUCGAGAACACAAUUCUCGCAGGAGAGCUCGUUAAUGGCUAUCAUAAAGCUACAGGUCCGAAGCGCAUCACCAUUAAGGUUGAUAUAGCAAAAGCGUUUGACACUUUGUCUUGGGAUUUCUUGUUCAACUGCUUGAAGGGUCUUCAACUACCUAGCCGACUGAUUCACUGGCUCAGAACUUGUGUGUCUACUCCGAACUACACAGUAGGCUACAAUGGAUCAGUACAUGGCUAUUUCAAGGGUAGGAGAGGGCUCAGGCAAGGAGAUCCUCUCUCUCCAUAUCUCUUUGUCAUAGCCAUGAACAACCUUUCUCACUUACUUAACAACGCAGCAAGGGACUUUAGACUGGACUAUCAUCAUAAAUGUCGGGAUGCUAAACUAACUCACUUGAGUUUUGCAGAUGACCUUCUCAUCUUCAUUGACGGGUCCAUCUCUUCUCUUCAGGCAGUGCUUCAGAUCCUUAAAGAGUUUGAAUUGCGCUCCGGACUGGCUGUUAGUGUUCAAAAGUCAAGUUUCUUUGCAUCAGGUUUAUCCCAAGCGGAAAUAGAUGCUAUUCAGGUUUCUACUGGAAUGCCAAUUGCCUCUCUCCCAGUGAGAUAUCUUGGUGUACCUCUAUCCUCUUCAAAGCCUACUCUCUCUCACUGUGAAGUACUCAUUCAGCAGAUUAAAAGACGUCUUUCCUCCUGGAGCGCUAAAUCCCUCUCUUUUGCUGGACGUCUACUCCUUAUCAAGACUGUGAUAUCAGGAAUCAACACCUUCUGGUGUUCCUCGUUUAUAUUGCCAAAGUCGGUGAUCAAGAGAAUCAACUCUCUUUGUAGUAUUUUCCUAUGGAAAGGAGAUGUGGAGGGUCAUCAUACUGCGCGAGUUUCAUGGGAGACAGUAACUAAAGAAAAGAGUCAAGGAGGACUAGGAGUCAAGGAUUUGUAUACCUGGAACAGAGCUUGCACGUUGAAGCUUAUUUGGCUGUUGUUCUUUCAAUCGGGUUCAGUUUGGGUGGCGUGGUUCAAGACGGAAAUCCUAUCAGGGAAUCUGAGCAACUUCUGGACAGUUAAGCCUAAUAGAAAGUACUCUUGGCUAACUAAUAAGUUAAUCAAAAUGAGAGAUGUAAUAUUUACCUGGAUUAAACUUAAGAUUGAGAGUGGCAGAGACUGCAGAUUCUGGACAGAUAACUGGUACCCGGAAGGAAAGAUUUGUGAACUCAUGACAGGAGGUAGAAGAACUAGGCUUGGUAUAAGACAAGAUGCAACCAUCGCAAGCUUGUAUGACAAUGGUCACUGGCUUCUGCCACCGGCAAGGUCUGAAAAUCAAGUAAGCAUUCUUGCUUUCCUCUCUGGCCUGACAAUAUCUACUGCUGAUGACUUCUACGUUUGGGAAAUUGAUGGAAUAGUUAGCGCACAAUACUCUACUGGGCUAGUUUAUCAAAAACUGAGAGGAGACUAUACUCAUAUACCUUGGACUAAAGCAGUGUGGAUUAAAGGAGGCAUUCCUAAGCAUUGUUUUAUGGUGUGGCUGGUGGUUCUGAACCGCUGCCCAACUCGCGAUCGUCUCCAGUCCUGGGGUUUGCAAACUGAUACUAACUGUCUUCUCUGUGGUCUUCAUCCAGAGAGUCGAGAUCACCUCUAUUUUGAUUGCCCUUACUCGUGGGAACUAUGGUCAACUAUGGCCACAAGAUUCACUUUGAAUCCUUUGAGGACAUGGGAUCGCUCACUAAGUCAGAUGCACACACUCUCUGGUAACAGAUUCCGGCGUCGUCUUCUCCUGCUAGCCUGGCAAGCGAUCAUCUACUGGGUUUGGGCUGAAAGAAAUUCUAGACUUCAUCGACACACUUUCCGAUCUCCUGACGUGUUGCUCCGUCUUGUUGAUUGUCAAAUUAAAGACCGCAUCAACAGUCUCCGGGAAGUCAACCCAACAACUUGUUCACAGCUCCUCCAACUAUGGUUUCUUGCUUGUAAUCCUACCAUCGACUCCGCCUGA